AUGGUGUGGGUCCCCCAGCAAGCUCCUGCAGGCAUGAUUAUAGGGGCAAAGGCCAGCUUGUCCUCCAUGCAUUGUUUACAGAUGCCCACAAAACUUUUUAAGAAAAUUCUUGACCUCUCUUCUAACACUUCCACAAAAUCAAGAGAUUUGGAUGGUUUACAUACAUUUUAUAAGGACAUUGGAUAUAGUGACGCACAAGACUGUCAGUUACUGCCUCAGGGACACGACGUGAUAUUGUACAGUGGGAAAAUAGAUAAUCCUGAGGUAAGAAGUUAUAAUCUUGUAUCAUCCUCUAAAGGUCUUUCAGCAGCCCAGCGGAAGUUUGCACAUUCACUCCGAGACUUUAAAUUUGAGUUCAUCGGUGACGCAGAGACAGAUGAUGAACGCUGCAUAGAUGCUUCCUUACGUGAAUUUUCUAAUUUUUUGAAGAAUCUGGAAGAACAGAGAGAAAUUAUGGCAUUAAGUGUAACUGAAACCCUGAUUAAACCUUUGGAAAAAUUCAGAAAAGAGCAACUUGGAGCCGUAAAGGAAGAAAAAAAGAAGUUUGACAAAGAAACAGAAAAGAACUAUAGUCUAAUUGAUAAGCAUUUGAAUUUAUCAGCCAAAAAGAAAGACUCACACUUACAAGAGGCAGAUAUGCAAGUGGAGCAAAACCGGCAGCACUUUUAUGAACUGUCCCUUGAGUAUGUAUGUAAGCUUCAGGAGAUCCAAGAAAGAAAGAAGUUUGAGUUUGUGGAACCUAUGCUGUCAUUUUUUCAGGGAAUGUUUACUUUCUAUCAUCAGGGCCAUGAACUUGCCAAAGACUUCAAUCACUACAAAAUGGAACUACAGAUCAACAUUCAGAAUACACGGAAUCGUUUUGAAGGAACAAGGUCAGAAGUGGAAGAACUUAUGAACAAAAUCAGACAGAAUCCCAAGGACCACAAACGAGCAAGUCAGUUCACAGCAGAAGGCUACCUGUAUGUACAGGAAAAAAGGCCUGCUCCAUUUGGUUCCAGUUGGGUCAAACACUACUGCAUGUAUCGGAAAGCAGCCAAGAAGUUUAACAUAAUCCCAUUUGAGCACAGAUCUGGGGGAAAGCUUGGGGAUGGAGAAGUGUUCUUUUUGAAAGAAUGUACCAAGAGGCAUACUGACUCCAUUGACAGAAGGUUUUGUUUUGACGUGGAAGCUGCUGACCGGCCUGGCGUUUCCUUGACUAUGCAGGCAUUUUCAGAAGAGGAAAGGAAGCAGUGGUUGGAAGCUCUGGGUGGAAAAGAAGCUCUGUUACAUAGUUUUAAUAGAGCCAUCAUCCCAAGACCAGAAGGAAGCGCACAGUUGGAUAAGAUGGGAUUCACAAUUCUCAGAAAAUGCAUCAGUGCAGUUGAAACACGAGGUAUAAAUGACCAAGGAUUGUACAGAGUUGUGGGGGUGAGUUCAAAGGUCCAGAGACUUCUGAGUAUGUUGAUGGAUGUAAAAACAUGCAAUGAGGUGGACCUGGAGAAUUCUGUAGAUUGGGAAGUGAAGACAAUAACAAGUGCCCUGAAACAGUAUUUGAGGAGUCUUCCAGAGCCUCUUAUGACCUAUGAGUUACACGGAGAUUUCAUUGUUCCAGCCAAAAGUGGAAGCCCAGAAUCUCGCGUCAAUGCUAUCCAUUUCUUGGUACACAAACUGCCAGAGAAAAAUAAAGAAAUGCUGGAUAUUUUGGUGAAACACUUAACAAAUGUUUCACAUCACUCCAAGCAGAACUUAAUGACUGUGGCAAAUUUGGGAGUGGUGUUUGGACCAACUUUGAUGAGGCCCCAGGAAGAAACUGUUGCUGCCAUCAUGGAUUUGAAGUUUCAGAACAUCGUUGUGGAAAUCUUAAUCGAAAACCAUGAAAAGAUUUUUAGGACCCCGCCCGAUGCGACAUUCCUGGAGCCAGUCUCCCUGUCAACAUCACCCCCAAAUGCUCCACCAAGACAAUCGAAGAGACAAGGCCAGAGGACGAAGAGACCCGUGGCCGUGUAUAAUCUUUGUCUGGAGCUGGAAGAUGGUGACAGUCCUAACCUUCCUAAGGAGGACACUCCUACCAGUAAUCUAGAUUCACUUUCCUCCCCAUCUCCCACGACUGCAGCUGUCCACGGGCCUCCUGGACCAGACAAAAACCACCUUCUCACAGAUGGGGGCAGCUUUGGGGACUGGGCAUCCCCUGUCCCCUGCCAGACGCGAUCACCCAUGGUCCAGUGGCUUAACACGCAGUCCCCGACCACCCCAAGCUGCAGCCCAGCGAUUACACCGCCUUCACCCAAGCCACCGCCUUCCCCCGUUUCUCUUCCCACCACCAUAGUGGACAAGCCUCCUGAAAGCGUUGUCAACCGGAAGGCUCGAGCAGUAUAUCCGUGUGAAGCAGAACACAGCUCAGAAUUAUCUUUUGAAAUAGGAGCAAUUUUUGAGGAUGUGCAAACCUCGAGGGAACCUGGCUGGCUAGAAGGGACUCUGAAUGGCAAGAGGGGGCUGAUUCCACAGAAUUAUGUCAAGCUGCUGUAG